UUUAUAAGGAGACAUAAGGUCGUGACAUUUCUGUGCUCAUUAGAGCAUCUCUCCCUCUCUGUUCGUCUCAUUCUCCUUCUCCUUCUCUCAUCUGAACUAAAGAAGAAGACAGAGAGAGGAGACGAAGAGAGAUGGGAAGAGCUCCUUGUUGUUCAAAAGUUGGUUUACACAGAGGUCCAUGGACUGCAAGAGAGGACACAUUGCUCACUAAAUAUAUCCAAGCUCAUGGUGAAGGUCACUGGAGAUCUCUUCCUAAAAAAGCAGGAUUACUUAGAUGUGGAAAGAGUUGCAGACUAAGAUGGAUGAAUUACUUAAGACCAGAUAUCAAGAGAGGAAAUAUCAGCCCAGAUGAGGAAGACCUUAUCAUCAGACUUCAUUCACUUCUAGGCAACAGAUGGUCUCUUAUUGCAGGAAGAUUACCUGGUCGAACCGAUAAUGAGAUUAAAAACUACUGGAACACCCAUCUCAGCAAAAAGAUCAAGAACCAGGGAACCCACCAUGAAAAGAAAUCAAAGGAGCCCAGAAAGAGAAAUAGCAAGAACAAUAACAAUGGAACCACCAAGAAGCAAGAACAGAACAGAGCAAAAACAGAGACCAAAAUCCAUCUCCCAAAGCCUAUCCGGGUCACAUCUCUUUUGAUGAAAAGGAGCAAUAGUUUUGAGUCCAAUACUGUAAGUGGAACUUCUUGCAGUCAAAAUGGAAUAGUUGAAGAUGACAUUAAUGGAGUUGUUGGAAAAGAGAUUGUGGAUUUCCCAUGGUCUUCUGAUCUCAAUGACCAUGGUUGUGAACUUGGAUGUGAAUCUCAACUGUCCACAAGGGAGAACUUAUUUGAGAGGUUGUAUGAGGAGUAUCUGCAACUACUAAAGAAAGAAGAACAGAAAAAGGAAGAACGAGAAGAGGAAGAGGAGGAUCAGGUUAAGUUAGAUUCCUUUGCUGAAUCUUUAUGGGUCUGAAUGAGUCUAAGAGACGGGACAGAGGAGACAGAGUCCUUAGAAGUGCAGAGAAGUUCAGAAAAGUUCAGAAAACUACAGAACUCAAGAUUGUGACUUUUGAUUUUCAGGAAGGUUUGGAAUUCACGUGCUCAUCUUCUCUUCUGGUGAUGCAAGAAAAGGAGGACGUGGAAAGAGGACCAGAAAACAUAUUACUUAGUAUCAUAAGUCUUGUUAUAUACACUCUUAUUAUUACUAUUACUACUACUACUACUAAUCUUGGGGCAUUGCCAUAGCCAACCCCCAACCCCACCCCUUCAUCCUUUUCUCAUUGUAUUAUAUAUGUCUAAUGUAGAAGAAGAGCUUAUAUUUGUACCUUCAUAUAUUAGUGAUUUAUUUUAUUUUUAUUUUUAAUUUUUUUC